CCUGAAAACCAUUUGUUGCAUCCAGGGCCUAAAUAGCAAUAUCUGAUAGAAUCUAAGCUCCAAAUUUCAAAUCCCGUUAUGACCGUGACCACUGGCCUUUCUGAGAUUCUUUUUACCCUUCUACUCGUCGCUCACUCCGGUCUCUUCUGCUAAUGCGUGCUCGUCUCGGAACCAUACCCUUCAUCGCAUCCCUCCUCGAUGAAUGCUCAUCCACCAAAUCCCUCCACAAACUCAAACAGAUUCAUGCUAAAACGAUUUUGCUUAAUAUUUCAAGCCACUCUUUCGUCCGAAACAAGCUUCUCUCUGCCUACGCCUCAUGUUCCCAAAUGCGCGAAGCCCAUAUCCUCUUCUUCUUCACUUCUCGCCAACCCACUUUCCUCUACAACUCCCUCAUCAGAGCCUACUCUUCUCUUCACCAAUUCUCUCAAUCCCUCGCCAUUUUUCACCACAUGAUCAUUGCCCAAGGGCCCUUUGACAUUUUCACAUUGCCUCCCGUUCUCAAAUCUUGCGGACACUUAUCUCAUGUAACACUUGGAAGGCAGCUCCAUGGAGCUGUUGUGGUUAAUGGGUAUUCAUCCGAUUUGGCAAAUAACAAUUCUUUGAUUAGUAUGUAUGGAAAAUGUGGUGAAUUGGAGUGUGCGAAGAAACUGUUUGAUGAAAUGUCUGUAAGAAGUUACGUAUCGUGGUCCGCAUUGAUGAUGGGAUAUGAGAAGUUUGGGAUGGCAUCGGAAGUUCUUGGUUUGUUUGAACAAAUGGCGGGGAUGGGGAUGGCGGUUGAUGAGGUGACGUUGACUACAGUUUUGACAACAUGCAGUCGCGAGGGGAUGGUGGAAAAGGGGAAGGAGGUUUUUGAGAAUAUGGAGGAAAGGUUUGGAGUGAAGCCUGGAUUAGAGCAUUAUACAUGUAUGGUGGAUAUGUUAGGGAAGGCGGGAUUGGUGGAGGAAGCUGAGGAGUUGGUGAUGGGCAUGGAGUUAGAGACUGAUCGGGCUUUGUGGAAUGCUUUGUUGGCCGCUUGUAGGGUUCAUGGGAAGGUGGAGGUGGCUGAAAGGGUGGAAAGAAGAUUUGUGGGACAAGCUUGAAUGUGGCUUAUGGAAUUAUUUUCUUGGUGUGGAAUGGGAUUUCUGUUGCUACAAAAACUAUGCCUCGAUGCUACAGAAGCUGGGUGUUGGAUACAGAUAAUCAAUACAUUUAAAAUGUAAUCAAGGCGAAAUCCAAGGCGAUGAAGACAUCAUAUGGAAUACUUCGUUGAUGAUGGUCCACCUUCCAUACGUAAUCAAGUUGCAAUCCGGCUUCAAACAUGUGUCCUGGAAGCUCAUGUAUCAGUGAUGAGGCUACACCCAAGGAGAAAGGACGCUCUCACCAUAAUUGCAUGAAAGGUCCAAUCUGUGUUUGCGUUGAAGGUACAUGGUUUUAGCAUUCAUCUCCAAGUCAAUUUGGUGGCUGCUGGAAACAAGAUGUAAGAACGAUCCCCUUUGUGGUAUAAGGCACAACAUAAUCGUUAGUGCAGCAGAUUAAAGAGGAAGUUUUAUAAAGUGACAUCAUAAAUUAGGUUUCUAUAUGCAAUCGAGCUAUUGAAGUUCAGAAAUUCUGCAACAUGUUACUCGAUCUUUAUUCAUCUUCUAAAGACCUGGAGUAUAUACUGAAUGAACUUCUGCCUAGCCUACGUAGUGCCAACUAGGUGAUCUAAGCUUGACAAUCAUUUCCAAUAAGUCUCUUGGACCUUGGUGCCUUAUAGACUCAUAUUGGAAGUUCUUUGCCAAAGUAUGAAAGAAUCAAUGUGCUUGUUUCUUUAUUA